GCAGAUCACAAGGUCCAUCAUGGGAUCGGAGCUUUAUUUUUUAGCAGCACAGUGUUAGGGCUUUGAGUCAUCUAUAUUGCUAUUAUGGCGGUAGAAAGCAUCGCACCUGACUGGGAAUUUGACCGUUUUGACGAUGGGUCACAAAAAAUACAUACAGAGGUUCAACUGAAGAACUACAGCAAGUUUCUGGAGGACUACACCUUUCAGCUGAAGGGCAUUGAAGAGGCUCUGGACGACUCCAUAGGAGAUGUGUGGGACUUCACUCUGGACCCCAUUGCACUGAAACUUCUGCCUUAUGAGCAAUCAUCCUUAUUAGAGUUGAUCAAAACAGACAACAAGGUUCUUAACAAAGUUAUUACAGUUUAUGCUGCUCUGUGUAGUGAAGUUAAAAAGCUCAAGUAUGAGGCAGAAACCAAGUUCUACAAUGGCUUAUUGUACUACGGAGAAGGAGUGUCGGAAACCAGUGUUGUUGAAGGAGACUCGCAGAUUCAAAUGGGUAGAUUCAUUUCUUUCCUCCAGGAACUAUCCUGCUUUGUUUCGAGAUGUUAUGAAGUGGUGGUCAGCAUUGUUCAUCAGCUGGCUGCCCUCUACAACAGCAGCAAGGGUGCAACAAAAAUCAUUGAAUCUUCAGGUGUCCAUUUCCAGAUCGUAUAUGAACACCUGGGGGAGUUGUUAGUGGUACUGCUCACUCUUGAUGAGAUCAUGGAGAAUCACAGCACUCUUAAAGAUCACUGGAAGAUGUAUAAAAGGUUAUUGAAGUCCGUGCAUCAUAAUCCCGCAAAGUUUUCCAUUCCUGAAGAGAAACUGAAACCAUUCGAAAAACUCCUGCUCAAGCUGGAGGGACAGCUACUGGAUGGCAUGAUACUACAGGCUUGUGUUGAGCAGAGGUUUGAUGAUCCAGGGGAGGGCGUGGCAGUCGCCAAAAACAGUGCCUUUGCAGAAGAGUUUGCCUUCAACAUUCGCACCAUAUUCACAAGUGUUGAGUCCAAAAUUGGAGAACCAUCAGAAAUUGAUCAGAGGGAUAAAUAUGCUGGAGUCUGUGGUCUUUUUGUGCUUCAUUUUCACAUUUUCAGGAGCGUUGACAAAAAAUUCUUCAAGGCACUGCUGGAUGUCUGUAAAAAGGUUCCAGCUGUCACUUUGAUUGCAAACAUCAUCUGGUUUCCUGACGCCUUCCUCACGGCUAAAGUCCCGGCUGCAGCCAAACUGAUGGACAAAAAAAGCCUCCAGGCCAUCAGAGCACACAGAGACACAUACCUUCAGCAGAGAGCUCAGACCCUGACAAAGGACGUGCAGUCGUACUACGUGUUUGUAACCUCCUGGAUGAUGAAGAUGGAGUCCAUCCUGUCCAAGGAAAAUAAAAGUGACAAACUGGCGGAGGAUCUGAACAGCAGGUGUAACGUGUUUGUGCAGGGCAUCCUUUAUGCUUACAGCAUCAGCACAAUUAUCAAGACCACCAUGAACAUGUACAUGUCCAUGCAGCGGCCCAUGACCAAGACCUCCGUCAAAGCUCUUUGUCGGCUGGUCGAGUUGCUGAAGGCUGUGGCGCACACCUUUCACAGGCGCUCCAUGGUGGUGGCAGACUCCGUUUCUCACAUCACCCAGCAGCUCCAGUCUCAGGCCCUCAACGCUAUCGGCACUGCAAAGAAAAGGGUUAUUUCUGACAAGAAGUACAGCGAGCAGCGGCUGGAUGUUCUGUCGUCGUUGGUGCUGGCGGAGAACGCUCUGAGCGGGCCGAGCACGAAGGAGCGCCGCCUGGUGGUGUCCCUGGCUCUGUGUGUCGGCACUCAGAUGAAAACCUUCAAAGAUGAGGAGCUGCUCCCCCUGCAGCUGGUGCUGAAGAAGCUGGAUUUGAUUAGUGAGCUAAGUGAAAGGGUCAAGCUGCAGUGUGACUGUAGUUUUCUUUACUGGCACCGAGCCGUGUUUCCCAUCUACUUGGAUGACGUGUACGACAACGCUGUUGAUGCUGCACGAAUGCACUACAUGUUUAGUGCACUACGGGACAGCGUGCCAUCCAUGCUGCAUGCCAAACACAUGGAGUCGUGCGACCAGCUGCUGGAGAGCUACGACAAGGAGAUCAUGGAUGUGUUUAACGAGCACCUCCUCGACAAGCUGUGUAAGGAGAUUGAGAAGGACCUGCGACUCUCCGUCCACACCCACCUGAAGCUGGACGACAGGAACCCCUUUAAAGUCGGCAUGAAAGACCUGGCCCACUUCUUCUCCGUCAAACCCAUUCGAUUCUUCAACCGCUUCAUUCACAUUAAAGCCUACGUGACCCACUACCUGGAUAAAACCUUCUACAACCUGACCACCGUGGCUCUGCACGACUGGGCCACGUACAGCGAGAUGAGGAACCUGGCUACGCAGCGCUAUGGACUCACAAUGACAGAGGCCCACCUGCCCAGCCAGACUCUGGAGCAGGGUUUGGAUGUUCUGGAGAUCAUGAGGAACAUUCACGUUUUCGUCUCCCGUUACCUCUACAACCUCAACAACCAGAUAUUCAUCGAGAAGGCCAGUAACAACAAGCAUCUCAACACCAUCAACAUCCGCCACAUCGCCAACUCCAUCCGGACGCACGGCACAGGCAUCAUGAACACUACAGUCAAUUUCACCUACCAGUUCCUGCGGAAGAAGUUCUACAUCUUCAGUCAGUUCAUGUACGACGAACACAUCAAGUCCAGACUCAUAAAGGACAUACGCUUCUUUAGAGAAACCAAGGACCAGUCGGAUCAGAAGUAUCCUUUUGAGCGGGCAGAGAAGUUCAAUCGAGGCAUCAGAAAGCUGGGCCUCACUCCUGACGGACAGAGCUACCUGGAUCAGUUCAGGCAGCUCAUCAGCCAAAUAGGGAACGCCAUGGGCUACGUGCGAAUGAUCCGCUCUGGAGGCCUCCACUGUUGCAGCAGCGCUAUCAGGUUUGUCCCAGACCUGGAGGACAUAGUCAACUUUGAAGAGCUGGUAAAGGAGGAGGGGCUGUCAGAGGAGACCCGGAAGGCGGGGAGUGUCCUGGAUUCAGUCCUGAGUGAUCUGACCAGCAACUCUGCAGAGGGGACGGAGUACUUCAAGAUGCUGGUGGCCGUGUUUGCCCCGGAGUUUCGCAGCGCAAAGAACAUGCACCUGAGAAACUUCUACAUGAUUGUCCCCCCUCUGACUGUGAAUUUUGUGGAGCACUCCAUCAGCUGCAAAGAGAAACUCAACAAGAAGAACAAAACGGGGGCCGCCUUCACGGACGAUGGCUUUGCGAUGGGCGUGGCAUACAUCCUGAAGCUUCUGGACCAGUAUCUGGAGUUCGAUUCCCUGCACUGGUUCCAAGCCGUGCGAGAUAAGUACAAGAAAGAGAUGAGUGCGGUGGUGAAGGAGCAGAACGUGCAGUCCACCAGCCAGGACGAAAAGCUGCUUCAAACCAUGAAUCUCACUCAGAAGAGGCUGGAUGUCUACCUCCAGGAGUUCGAGCUACUUUACUUCUCACUGAGCAGCGCUCGGAUUUUCUUCAGAGCCGACAAAACCGCAGCCGAGGAAACUCAGGAGAAGAAAGACAAAGAAGAAGCGGCCAAGGCAGGAGGCUCACCAGAAAGCUCCACGUCCAACGAAAUUGUGUCAAAGUGAGUCCAACUGUGAGUGGAAGAGCGGAGUGAGGGCGACGCAUCACACGAAGGAAGCCGGUGGGAGACCACAACGAUCAAACACUGUAAAAUACCAAGAAUUGUGCUUUUCCUGCCCACAACAGCAUUCUUCUUUUAAAAAUGGUAUUUUGAAGUGAGCACACGAAGUGACUUUGUCCAUUUCCUUUUUACAGCAAUGCCAGUCUCAUGUUUCUCUGCUGGCUUCUGUAUCAUUUCACUUAGUUUUUGUUGCUUUUAUAAGCAGGAGCAAAGUCUGUUGAAGUAACUAAUAUAAAUUGUUUCCUCUGAGGUUUGGAGGGAGGAUUCUUUGCACUUAACCUGGACAGACAGAUUUAUUUUUAUAGUCUGAAGCCUUUUUGUCUCUACAAAGAUGGGCACCCUGGUUUUAAUUCCCCUCAUCCGCUGCCUGUUUUGUGGUUUCCGUAGAACAGAUGGAUCGUUUACGUCUCUAAUGGAAGCUUUGGGAAUCUUUUCAUCGUAUGUUUCGCGUGCCAAAACCCAGCUGUUUCACUGAUGUUCAACAAUUGUAAAACGAAUGCAUUUAUGUGCCUUUCUCAACUGUUUUGAUAAUAUUGUGGUCGCAGCACUUAUUACAACAAACUGUACUAAAGUUGUGAUUUUCAUUACAUGGCUUUUUGUUUCUGCUCAGUUUUUUUUUUUUUUUUUUUUUAAUUUAUUAUGUGGCAAAUGGUUGACAUUCCCUGUGAUUUUUGUAAUAACUUCUGUUGUCUCUAAAUGCUCAAUAAAACAUGCCCGCUUUACUGCA